UGGUGGUAGGAGUAAGGACGAAUCGAGAGUCGGCAAUAUGGCCGGCCAGAUGUGCAGUAGCUGGGUGUCACGGUGGUGUUAGUGCCGCGCGUUAUUUAUGUCGAACUACCGCAAGUCUUGUCCGAAUCUCGCGUGUUUUCAUGGGAUCGGUGAUAUACUGUGUAGAAGCAGGAAUACCGCUUGCACGAGGGCAUAGCACACGCUUCCCGGCCAGGCAAAUAUGAAUGAAGUGAGCAUAUCAUCCGCUCGGGCGGCGGUUAUGGUCUACGACGACGUGAACAAAAAAUGGAUACCGAGUGGUACCUCGGCAGGACUUUCCAAGGUCCAGCUAUAUCAUCAUCAGGUGAACAACACCUUCCGCGUCGUUGGAAGAAAGUUACAGGAUCAUGAGAUUGUUAUUAAUUGCGCCAUCCUUAAAGGACUGAAAUAUAAUCAAGCAACGGUCACGUUUCAUCAAUGGAGAGACAACAAGCAAGUUUACGGACUGAAUUUUUCUAGUAAGGACGAUGCUGAUGCUUUUGCCAGUGCUAUGCUUCAAGCCCUUGACGUGCUAAGCAACGGAAGCAACAUAUCAAGAAGUCUGGGUCCGGCAGUCGCACCGACGACUCAGCAGCAACCUGUUUAUCAGCAGCAACAGCAACAGCAACUUCAACAACAGCAGCAGCAACAGCAACAGCAACAACAGCAACAACCGCAGCAACAACAGCAGCAGCAACAACAGCAGCCGCAACAACAACAAUUGGCGAAUGCUCAAUACGAAGAGGACAUGGGAUACAGUCAAGGUCAUAACGCGCGAGUCUCCUUGUCUUUGGGCCAUCUUCCUGCCGGGGGCCAAACGGGUAUCACCGUGGGGCCCCCGACACCAACCCCCAGUCAUCAUCCAUCCGUUAGUAGUGCCGUCACCACCGUCAUUCAGGUGGGCUGUUCGCGUGGCUCACCGGCUGAGGGACUCACGAGGACUAUGACCAGAGAAGACGUGGCGAUCAUUCAGGAACGCAGAAUGUCCCAACAGAGUCAAGCAACGAACAGUCCGAGCGCCAUUUCACCGAGUUGUCCGCCAACGACGCAACAACAGCAACAACAACAGCAACAAUCGGGUCAUCACAGAACGUCGUCCGCUCCACCAGCACCGCAACCUCAACAGCAACAACAAGCCGGCCAACAGACGCAACCGCAACAACAGGCUACAAUUCCUGGAAUGCAAGGACCGAUAGUUUCUUCGGCGGUUCCUUUAUCCGCUGGUGGAGGUGGACCACCAGUACCACCACCGCAACCUCCCGCGGCACCACCCGCUCCUCCGUGUCCGCCUUCUAUGAUAAAUUUCAAUGCGCCCGUACCGCCACCCCCGAUGAUGAUAAACCAAUACGCACAGUCGCCAUCUUCUCAAACACAAUCUCAGUCGCAAUCGAUCUAUGCGGCACAGAGUCAGGGUAAUCAGUACGGCGGAGGAGCACCCGGUAACAAUCAGUAUUCGAACCCUAAUGUUACCGGGUCUGUUGUGGUCGUAGGUCAGAAUCCGAAUCAGUACGCGUCUACCGGUCAGAACAGCUUUUACGGUAACAACGGACAAGGUAGCAACGUGUACGGUAGCGGUGGUCAAGCUGGUCAGACCAGUCAGACCAAUCAGUAUGCUGUGGUCGGCGGUCAGGCCACGCAAUACGGUGCCGCCGGUGGCGGUAGCGGGCCUAGCAAUCAGUACGGAAGCAACAGUUCGAUCGUUCAGUACGCAAGUGGUCCACCUUCGGCGGCUAGCCAAUAUGCUGCUGCUGCCGCUGCCGUGGUGGUAGCUCAGCAGCAACAAGGCCAGUCGCAGUACGGUGUCGUCUCACAACCGCAACCACCGUCUUACGUUACCGGACAAGUGCAGGCAGCUGUCGCCAGCGUGAAUCCUUAUGGUACCCCCGCGAAUUCGGUGAAUCAGUAUGCUACUGGAGGACAUCACGCGGUUGCUGCUACCGCUUACGCUCCACCACCGCCUCCUAUGGUCCCAUUGGCGGCUGGUCCCGCUGCUCCCCCUCCACCCCCUCCCCCACCCGCGCCUAAUUCGUCUAAUAAUUCAUCCAAUAUUUCCGCAUCUUCUUCCACCGUCGUAUCCUCCUCCAUAACUUCCUCGUCCGUAACUAACAACGAUCCACCGCAACCGGAUGCUAAUUCUCUUGCUGCGGCCCUACAGGCUGCUAGGCUUAAGAAAAAACAGCAACAGACACAGCCUGUUGAAAAUAGCGGCUCGAGUACCAGCAGUAGCGGAAGCGGAGGUGGCGGUGGCAAUUAUGGAACAUUGGGAAGAGGUGGAGGUGGCGGUAUGGCUUCUAUGAUGGACGAGAUGGCGAAAACGCUGGCACGUAGACGCGCUGCCGUUGAGAAGAAGCAACCUGAACAACCACCGGAACCUGAAAGUUCACCGGACAAGAAAUCAUGGGAUAAAAGUAGUUCGUCGAACAACAAAUUUUCCAAUGGAGCAGAAUCACCAAAGUCGGUUAGAAAAAGGUUUGGUUCCGCUUCCGAAGACACGCUUCUCAAAGUCAAUGGCGUUAACGAUGGUUCCUCGUUGACGGCACAAGAGAUGGAGGCGUUCAAAGCUGAGAUAAUUAAAGAAAUGCGUAAGGAGUUUCAAAAGAUGAAGCAAGAAAUAAUCGAUGCGGUAAGAACAGAACUGAGUAGAAGGUAAAAGACGAACAAAUAAAUCCGCAUAACGAAAGGAUGUGAAGACAGG